CAUUCGCACAGACUCAUUUUUUACUCCUUUAUAUCUACGUUCGAUCUAACUCGGAUCAAAUACUAUUGACAAAUCUCUUUCAUUUCUAUAUCUUUUAUUAGCGCGCGCACGCGCGCGCCUUCCAUUUUUCUCAAUCGGUUAGAUUUUUGUCAGAUUUUUCCUCCUUUUUUUUGUUUUGUUUUUCUUUUUCUUUCGUCGUUGAUUUUCUAUUUUCUCUCUCUCCCUCUCUCUCCCUCUCUUUGGUAGUUCUUCUUUUUUUCUCUCUCUCUCUCUCUCUCUCUCCUCGCAUCCCCUUACUCUUGUGAUCUCCUGUGAUCUCCGUGAGUAACUCGUGAAAGAAGAAUCCUUCUCCCAAUUGAGAACAAGAUCGGAAACAAUGGUCUCGAGCAACAGGACGAUUAGGAGGCUAUUGCUUGCCUGCUUGGCGGUAUUCCUCCUAUGUUUUUCAAAUCAGGCAGAAGGUGCAAGGAAAAGAUUACGAAGGCCCACUACAUUAACACCAUCGAUCUCGAACGAUCAGGAAGUAUCGGCUAGUGUUAACAGGUUCAAGGUUACGCGUAAUCGCGUUAACAAUAAGAGCACGAAGAAUGAAAUCCAACCAGGGAAGACGAACGAUUACAAGGUCGUGUGUUACUACACAAAUUGGUCGCAGUAUCGUACGAAAAUUGGUAAAUUCAUGCCGGAGGAUAUACAGCCAGAUCUUUGCACCCACGUGGUCUUUGCAUUUGGAUGGUUGAAGAAAAAUAAAUUGACAAGUUUCGAGUCGAACGAUGAAACUAAGGACGGUAAAAUUGGUCUUUACGAGAGAAUAGUGAACCUGAAGAAAGCUAAUCCGUCUCUGAAGAUUCUACUUGCUGUCGGUGGAUGGUCCUUUGGCACGCAAAAAUUCAAGGACGUAUCAUCGACGAGAUACGCUAGACAAACAUUCAUAUACAGCGCUAUACCAUAUUUGAGAGAUCGAAAUUUCGACGGACUCGAUAUCGAUUGGGAAUAUCCGAAAGGAGGAGACGACAAGAAGAAUUACGUUCUAUUAUUGAAGGAACUUCGCGAAGCCUUCGAAGCUGAGGCACAAGAAAAAAAGAAACCGCGUCUUCUAUUAACAGCUGCCGUACCCGUUGGACCUGAUAAUGUUAAAGGUGGUUAUGAUGUGCCGGCUGUUGCCAGUUACUUAGACUUCAUCAAUCUCAUGGCGUACGACUUUCACGGUAAAUGGGAAAGAGAAACCGGACACAACGCGCCGCUCUUCGCAUCAUCCUUGGAUUCGGAAUGGCAAAAACAAUUAAGCGUUGACAAUGCGGCAUCGAUGUGGGUAAGAUUGGGUGCACCGAAGGAAAAGUUGAUUAUCGGUAUGCCUACGUACGGUAGAUCGUUCACUCUGUCAAACCCAUCGAACUUCCGUGUACACGCACCGGCCAGCGGUGGUGGUAAAGCUGGAGAAUAUACCAAGGAAUCCGGUUUCUUGGCUUAUUACGAGAUUUGUGAGAUGUUGCAAAACGGAGCAGCUUAUAUAUGGGACGACGAGAUGAAGGUACCAUAUUUGGUGUACGGUGAUCAAUGGGUAGGCUUCGACGAUGAAAGAUCUAUAAGGAACAAAAUGCAUUGGUUGAAAUCUACCGGUUAUGGUGGUGCCAUGAUAUGGACGGUCGACAUGGACGAUUUCAAUGGUACUGCUUGCGUCGGAAACGUCAAGUAUCCAUUGAUCGGCGCAAUAAGAGAAGAACUAAGAGGUAUCUCACGAGGACCAGAUGCCAAGGACGUCGAUUGGAGUUCAGUUGCUACUACCAUCACGGAAACUAUUGUUAAGAAACCAGAACCUUACAAAAUUUCUAUCUCCGACGCAUUGAGCAAGGCCAAGAAAGUACCAAAAUUAACUCAAUUGGUUAUUAAUACGCCAACGAACGAAAGAGAAGCGCAAACCAUUUGUUAUCUGACCAAUUGGUCUCACAAAAGACCAGGCCUUGGUAAAUUUUUGCCCGAGGACAUCGACCCAACACUUUGCACUCACGUUGUCUAUGCUUUCGCUACCUUGAACGAUCAUCUGCUCAGCGAAGGAAGCGAUCAAGAUGUUGAAAUGUAUAAAAGAUUGAUUGCACUUCGUGAGAAGAACCCAGACAUAAAGAUAUUGUUAGCUAUUGGAGGCUGGGCCUUUGGAUCGACACCCUUCAAAACAUUGACUAGCAAUACUUUCCGAAUGAAUCAAUUUGUUUAUGAAGCCAUAGAGUUCCUCAGGGAAUACAAAUUCGACGGAUUGGACGUUGAUUGGGAAUAUCCACGAGGAGCCGACGACCGUGCUGCUUAUGUGAAUCUUUUGAAAGAACUCAGGCUAGCUUUCGAGGGCGAAGCAAAGAGUUCUGAUCAGCCUAAAUUAAUUUUAUCUGCGGCUGUACCGGCCAGUUUCGAGGCUAUAGCUGCUGGAUACGACGUCCCGGAAAUAUCCAAGUACCUGGACUUCAUCAAUGUGAUGACGUACGAUUUUCAUGGUCAAUGGGAACGUCAAGUUGGACAUAACAGUCCUCUUUAUCCUCUUGAGAGUGCAACGAGUUAUCAAAAGAAAUUGACAGUUGACUACAGUGCACGGGAAUGGGUGAAACAAGGUGCACCAAAAGAAAAAUUAAUGAUAGGUAUGCCAACUUAUGGCAGAUCGUUUACGUUAGUUGACGAAGACAAAUUCGACAUUGGAGCGCCUGCCUCUGGUGGUGGUAUCCCUGGUAAUUACACCAACGAAGCCGGAUUCUUAUCCUAUUACGAGGUAUGUGGAUUUUUGAACGAAGAGAACACGACUUUGGUAUGGGAUAGCGAACAACAAGUACCUUUUGCUUACAAAGGUGAUCAGUGGGUUGGUUUCGAUGAUGAAAGAAGUCUUAUAAACAAAAUGAACUGGUUGAAAGAGGAAGGUUUCGGUGGUGUCAUGAUCUGGUCGAUUGACAUGGACGAUUUUCGUGGAUCAUGCGGUGCCGGAAAAUAUCCACUGAUCAAAGCAAUGAAGAAGGAAUUGCAGGAUUACAAAAUCAAAUUGGAAUACGAUGGUCCAUACGAGAGUUCCGUUAGAAAUGGCAAAUACACUACGAAAGAUCCGAACGAAGUGACCUGUGACGAAGAGGACAAUCACAUAUCCUAUCAUCCAGACAAAAGCGAUUGCACGAUGUAUUACAUGUGCGAAGGUGAACGCAAACAUCAUAUGCCCUGUCCAGUUAAUCUCGUUUUCAAUCCCAACGAGAACGUCUGCGAUUGGCCGGAAAACGUUGAGGGAUGUUUGCAACACACGCAAGCGCCGCCUUUGCGAAAAUAAUUAAAUGAAUAAGAGAGAGAGAAAAGGAAGGAAAAUUAUUUUUGCAUAAAACAAAAAAAAGAAAAAAGAAAAACUGCGGCAUUUUACGUGUGUGAUAAAAACGGAAAAAGAUGGAUAACAAGGAUGAUAAGGUCUUUAUCAUCGAGUUUUAUCAGCCCUGUUUUCAAUUCAGUAGAUAGAUAGAUAAAAAAGAAAAAAAAGAGAGACAGAGAGAGAGAGAGAGAGAGAGAGAGAGAGAGAGGAUGAAAUUAUGAAAAGAGAAAGAAGAUACGCUACCUUCGCACAAAAAAAUUAUAGUCGAUAUUUGCCCCUCCUCCAUUCCCCUCCCCCUUUCCACACCACCCCCUCACACCUACUCUAUUUCGAUUUUCGAUUAUUACGUUUGUUUUUUUUUUUUUUUUUUAUUUCGUCGUUCUUUUUGACACGCGAUAUAUUUCUAUUCCCUUCCAAGAGAACCUCCCUUUUUACUUGUCAUUUGUAUAAAGCAUGGACGAAAUCACGAGGUAUACUUGUUUGUAAAUAAAGAGAAAUAUAACAGA